GACGCCUUAUAAACGUUCUCUCCGAAGCACGUGACUCCUCUCCGCCCGAUCAGUCGCCGUGCCGCCAUUAUGGAUACGAGUCGUGUGCAGCCCAUCAAGCUUGCCAGGGUAACCAAGGUGCUGGGCAGGACCGGUUCGCAGGGACAGUGCACGCAGGUGCGCGUAGAAUUCAUGGACGACACGAGCCGUUCCAUCAUCCGAAACGUGAAAGGCCCCGUGCGCGAGGGCGACGUGCUCACCCUAUUGGAGUCAGAGCGAGAGGCUCGGAGGCUGCGCUGAACUUGGGACUGGGUCCUGGAUGUAUGGGUCGACUACCUGGCGCACGAGGAUGAUCUGCUGUUAAUAAAGCGUUUAUAUUCUGUGUAAA